CAGACAGUUAGUCAGUUGUAGUAUUUAGUUCUUUAAGAAUCGUUGUUUAUUUCUAAAAUAAUUUCUUGUUUUUGCCUAUAAUUAAAUAAACGUUUUUUGUAUUGCCUCAAAGAAAAGAAAAAAGGAAAAAUUAAAUAUAUUUUUAAUAAACUAUUUAAAUAUUAGUUAAAUUUAAAUAAAUCUUUUAGUAACUUUAAAAAUUCUCUAGAGCUUUAAAAAAGAAGAGACAAGACAGAAAAAGUUUCCGCCUUACUACAAUAUUUUUUGCAUUGUCCUUUAACAAAUAAAAAACCACACACACACUCAUAUACACAAUAUCUACAAGUUUGAAAGAAGUAUCUUUGUAAUAUUAUAUAUGUAAAUAUACAUAAAAAAUGAUGAAAUACUAUUACUUAUCAUCAAAAUAAGAACAGUUUUAUAUAAAUUUCUUUGCUAUUGAUCCAAAUUUUUAAAAGAAAACUCUAAACAUAGUCAUCAUCAGCAGCCAUAUAAAAGGAUAUUUAAUUGUUUUUCUUGCAACAACAACAUGUAUUAUACAACUACAACGGCAACAACAAAAUCAUUAACAGCAGCAGCAAUUAAAAAGCCAGCAACAGUGUAAAUUUUAAUUAAACAACCCUAAUUGGGAAAUACAACAGAAAGACAGACAGAGAGACCGACAGACAUACUGUCAAAUCAAAUAGUACAAAAGAAGAAGAAGAAAUCACAACAAAUUAAAAACCACAAAUGCAAGGAUAAAUAGAACAACAACAACAACAAAUUACAACUAAGCCCACCACCACCAGAGCUACUUAAAGGCAACAACAAACAUUCAAAUAUUUAAAAUUUAUAUUAGAAUUACUUACUAUUUAAAUAAGUACCAGUACUAAUCACUAACUAUAUCUAUAUAUAAUAUCAAGGCUUUAUUAGCCCCGAUAAAAAAAAAUGGCCUCUGAAAUUGGCUUUUGGUUAUUUUGCUGUUUGGCUACAAUUUUAUUAUUAUAUUGUUUAUUUGAAUUACAUUACUUCCUACGUAUGUGCCUGUGUGUCCUGCUGGCCCGUUUUAUCAAAAGGAAAUGUCAUAUUUUAGAAACAACAACUGUUUCCGGUAUUUGUUUAACCAAUGACAUCGAUACGCUGCUAUAUCACAUGAACAACGCUCGUUAUUUUCGAGAAUUGGAUUUUGCAAGAGUAGAUUUUUAUGAACGCACUAAUUUAUAUCGUACAAUUCUCGCUAAAGGAGGUUCAGUAUUUCAAGGGGCUGCCACAAUACGUUACAGACGUUUUAUACGACCAUUUCAUAGAUUUAAUAUUGUAUCAAGGAUAAUUUACUGGGACGACCAAUCCGUCUAUAUGGAACAUCGUUUUAUCCGGCCAUCUGAUCAAUUCAUCCACUGCAUAGCCAUUUGCCGUCAACGCAUUAUAGACUGUUCGGCCGAUGAUGUUAUGGCCGAAUUACUCUCACCCAAAACGGCUCAAUUGCAGGCCUCACGUAACACACUCAGUUCUACCGUAACAUUAGAUCAUGCCAUUAGCAGUACAAAUGUCGAUCAAAAUAUGGCUGAGAAUGGACAAGUGCGUACGAAGUUGAAACCCGACUUACCAGUGGAAAUACAAAAAUGGAUAGAAUAUAAUGAUUUAUCUAGUAAAAAUUUAAGACAACACUGCUGAUAGAAAGAAUUUUAGUUUAAAUUGUGAUUAUGUUUUUAAUUUUAGUUUAAAUUUAGUUUAGAUUGAUCUUUUUUUUUUUAAAAUUGAAAAACAAUUUUUGUUAUUAGUGUAUGGAAAAUAUAUUGUAAUGAUAAUGUAUGUAAUAUAUA